UUCGGCUGGAGCAUAGUGCACCAUCAGCAGCAGGAUCUGUAGUCUGCUGCCUCCUGCUGGUGUCACACGGAUAAUACAUAUAGGAAGUUGUACAUUUCGUUCAUUCUUCAAUUUUCUUCAAACAUGUUUUUGAUACAAAAUAUCAUCAACUCUAGAGUUUAAACUGAUCAAAACUCACUCUUUAUUUUUUAUUUUUUUAAUCAAGUUAAUGUCAAUGAAGAGUGAGUGAUGUCAUUCUACUUCCGCUAGCAUUAGCGGCCGGUGUUUGUUGACAGCAACGCCGCUUAGCUUAUAACACCUACAGUGGUAGUUUCAUUGUGUUUUCGGGAGAAAAUGGCAUCAUCAAACUCAUACAAACUCAGGUGCUCAAUCCCGGGCCACGAAAUGGACGUCCGGGGGCUCGCAGCUGCUGUUUUUCCAGAGGGAUCGUUCGUGUCAGUGUCCAGAGACCGCACUGGGAGAGUCUGGGUACCAAACUCAAGCCCUGACACAGGCUUCACAGAGAUGCACUGUAUGUCCGGUCACACAAACUUUGUAUCCUGUGUAUGCAUGAUUGCACCGACUGAGACAUAUCCUCGCGGACUUGUUGCCACUGGUGGAAAUGAUAAUAACAUAUGUGUUUUUACACUGGACCAACCUCAGCCCAUAUUCAUUCUCAAGGGACAUAAAAAUACUGUUUGCUCGCUCUCUUCUGGGAAGUUUGGGACUCUUUUGAGUGGCUCCUGGGACACAACAGCCAAAGUCUGGCUCAAUGAGAAGUGCAUGAUGACCUUACAGGGCCACUCUGCGGCAGUGUGGGCAGUGGUCAUCCUACCAGAACAAGGCCUUAUGCUGUCUGGAUCAGCAGAUAAGACCAUCAAACUUUGGAAAGCUGGCCGGUGUGAGAAAACAUAUGAAGGCCAUGAAGACUGUGUUAGAGGUCUAGCUGUGAUCAGCAGUGAUGAGUUCUUCUCCUGCAGCAACGACACAAGUAUCAGAAGGUGGCUUGUGACAGGGGAAUGUGUACAAGUGUACUACAGCCACACCAACUACAUCUACAGCCUGGCUGUCUUCCCCAAUAGCCAAGAUUUUGUAAGCACAGGAGAAGACAGGACUUUGAGGAUAUGGAAGAAAGGAGAGUGCACUCAGACUAUCCGCCUGCCUGCCCAGUCUGUGUGGUGCUGCUGUAUUCUUCCGAAUGGUGACAUAGCUGUUGGAGCAAGUGAUGGCAUUAUGCGAGUGUUUACAGAAGUUCAGGAGCGCAUGGCUAGCGCAGAGGACCUGCAGGCCUUUGAGGAUGAACUCUCCAAAACCACUAUCGACCCAAAGACAGGCGACCUCGGAGACAUCAAAAUGGAAGACCUUCCUGGAAGAGAACACCUUGAUGAGCCUGGGAAUCGAGAUGGACAGACACGGCUGAUUAAAGAUGGACAGAAGGUGGAGGCGUAUCAGUGGAGUGUCAGUGACGGGCGCUGGAUGAAAAUCGGAGAUGUCGUUGGAGGCUCCAACCAGCAGACUUCCAAGAGUGUGGUGUAUGAAGGAAAGGAAUACGACUAUGUCUUCACCAUCGAUGUGAACGAGGGUGGGCCGUCCAUGAAGCUGCCUUACAAUGUGUCAGAGGACCCCUGGCUGACAGCGCACAACUUCUUGCAGAAGAAUGACCUCAGCCCCAUGUUCCUCGACCAGGUUGCCAAUUUUAUAAUCGAAAACACUAAAGGUCAUGUGGUGGGACCGGCUCAGCCUGCUGGUGGCGACCCAUUCACUGGAGGAGCUAGAUAUAUCCCUGGGGCUUCUGAUGAUGGAUCAGGCUUUGGAGCAGAUCCCUUCACAGGCUCAGGGCGCUACAUCCCAGGGUCAGGUCCAAACCCAAGUGGUCCUGUAGGUGUGGCAGAUCCAUUCACAGGGGGAGGUGCCUACUCCUCAGCAGCUCUCAGACAGAAGGCGACCAACAUCUACUUCCCCAAGACUGAUGCUGUGACCUUUGAGCAAGCUAAUGCCCCGCAGAUCAUUGCCAAGAUAAAGGAGCUGAACGGAGGCGCCCCUCAGGAGCAAAAGCUUUCUGAAGAAAUCCUGGAAAAUCUUGAUAUGCUGCUGGUGUCUGUGUGUGAUUCCAGUCCCUCCAAGUCUUCUCCAACCAUCCAACAGAUCAGCCUGCUCUGGAAGGCAGCUCACUGGCCUGAAGACAUUGUGUUUCCUGUCCUGGACAUCAUGAGGCUGGCUGUGAGACACCCGCAGGUUAACGAGAGCCUCUGUGGUGAGGCGGAGGGAGUCCAGCUGUGCAACCACCUGCUGAGUCUGAUGAGGCCUGAGGGGCGUCCUGCUAACCAGAUGCUAGCCCUCCGGACUCUGUGUAACUGCUUUAGUGGCAGGCACGGCCGAGCCCUCCUCAUGGCGCAGCGAGAAUCGGUGCUAUCACGUACUGCUGACUUGGCCGCCGUCUGUAAUAAGAACAUCCACAUCGCCUUGGCCACUCUGGUGCUCAACUACGCCGGCUGCCUGCACAGCCAACCUGAUCUAGAAGCCAAGGCUCAGUGUCUGUCUGUGGCCAGCAGAGCUCUGGAGACCGUUCAAGACAAGGAGGCUGUUUUUAGGCUGCUGGUGGCCUUGGGAACCACUGUGGCUUCAGACCAGACAGCCAUGGACCUGGCUCGCUCCCUGGGGGUCAACUCUCAAAUUUCCAAGUACUCAUCGAUGUCUGAUCCGUCGAAGGUUGGCGAGGUCUGCCAGCUGGUUUUAAAAGAACUACAGUGAUGUGAAAGAUUAGAAAAAUGAGCACUUGUUUCUUACUAUUACUCUCUUCUGCUUAAUCGGUUGUGGUGGAGACUCAAUUAAUUGUAUGUUCUGCAAUAAAAAAAGAACAAAUGACAUCACUGCA